CGCCAAAUUUUGAAAAGCCCGACGACUCGCGCCGCAGCUUCAAUCCAGGACUCCACCAGACACCACUCGCCCAACUCCCUCCAAGGCUCCAACAAGGCAAGCCUCACCAACCGCCUUCCAAGCCUCCUAUUUAAAUCCCUGGCUGCCGCCCGCUUCGGUACCACAAGCAGCAGCAGCAGCAGCAGCUCCAACCAUUCGCCAGGCCUCAGCACCGAGAGCCAAGUCGAUCGCAGCAAUGGCCUCCUCCGCCAACAGCUGGACUCUCGAGAUCGCGUCGCCCGUCGCCGCGCCGCGCCUCUUCCGCGCCGCGGUGAUGGACUGGCACACCCUGGCGCCCAAGCUCGUCGCCGACGUCGUCGUCAGCGCCCACCCCGUCGAGGGCGAGGGCGGCGUCGGCAGCGUCAGGCAGUUCAAUUUCACCUCUGCCAUGCCGUUCGGCUUCAUGAAGGAGAGGCUCGAGUUCCUGGACGCUGCCAAGUGCGAGUGCAAGUCCACGCUCGUCGAGGGCGGCGGCAUCGGCGUGGCCAUCGAGACGGCGACGUCGCAUAUCAAGGUGGAGCCCUCGGCCGACGGCGGCAGCGUGGUGAAGGUGGACUCCACGUACAAGCUUCUGCCGGGCGUGGAGGUGAAGGACGAGAUCGCCAAGGCCAAGGAGUCGGUCACCGCCAUCUUCAAGGCCGCCGAGGCGUUCCUCGUCGCCAAUUCGGACGCCUACAACUAAAUUGAAAUCCAUGGAGUGGGAAUGUGGGACCCGAUCUCCCUAUGUAUCAUUCAUGUGUGUUUUCUUUUCUUCGCCUAAAAUAAACUGCUCUACGUUGCCAGACAGAGCACGGAGCAGAGUAUGGAGUUGAAAAGUGUGUGUUUGCUACUUGCAGUGAACAAAGUGGUUUGGUUUGUUUGAUGCAACGACGUUUGAUUUAGCAAGUCGUAUACCUUCAUGCUAAAAUCUUUAAAAAUGGAUUUUCCA